AGAGUAUAACGCGUAAAGGGGAAAUGUGAGGAAAAUGCGGUGCUCUCUUAUACUUAAUUUAGAGCAUUCUUAUUUUGUGCUUUGUUUUGGUUUUUGAUUAGAAAUUUUCAAAGCAAGAGAGCUAUGGCAGAUCAGCUUACUGAUGAUCAAAUCUCCGAGUUCAAGGAAGCCUUUAGCUUGUUUGACAAAGAUGGAGAUGGUUGCAUUACCACCAAGGAGCUCGGGACUGUGAUGAGAUCUCUUGGGCAGAACCCGACUGAGGCAGAGCUCCAGGACAUGAUCAAUGAAGUUGAUGCUGACGGAAACGGAACCAUCGACUUCCCAGAGUUUCUGAACCUCAUGGCCAGGAAGAUGAAAGACACCGAUUCUGAGGAGGAGCUCAAAGAGGCAUUCAGAGUUUUUGACAAGGAUCAGAAUGGUUUUAUUUCUGCUGCAGAACUGCGCCAUGUCAUGACUAACCUCGGCGAGAAGCUUACCGAUGAAGAAGUCGAUGAAAUGAUACGGGAGGCAGAUGUGGAUGGUGAUGGCCAGAUCAAUUAUGAAGAGUUUGUCAAAGUCAUGAUGGCUAAAUGAGCAACUCCAUUCCCAUCAAAUUAUAUAUAUAUUUAUAAUAUCAUGUAAUAUUUCUUUAUCAAAAUUAAGAGACACUGUUUUCUCCUUUCUUGGAAAACAAGGAAAAGAUUAUUUAUGGGGGUGGAAUUUCCUUUUUUUAA